AUGACGACCCGCAAACAUAACGAUUUCCUAGACAUCGCGGCCAGUGACGAUGAGGCCAGCGGCAGCGACCGCGGCUACGACUCCGAAGCCAAUGUGGUGGAGAGCAAAGGCCGGGCCGUGAAGCGGCGACGGACGACAAGCACACAAAAUUUCUCGCAGGAGUCUGACGAAGACGAGGAUGAAGACAACAAAGAUACCGAAAACAAAGAUGAAGAUAACGAGGACGAAGACGGUGGCGCAAGCCUAAAAGACUCAGAACAACCCAGCACCAAACCAGCCAAGUCGCUCAAAGCAAAGGGCAAGCUUGCUAAGCUGUCUAAACUGGCCAACGGAAAAGAGCCCAAGAAAACACGCUCAGGCGUCAUAUACUUCUCUUCCCUCCCGCCAUAUCUGAAACCCUUCGCCUUGAAAGCAAUGCUAGAGAAGAGAGGGUUCGGAGAUAUCACGAAGAUCUUCCUAGCGCCUCUUCUCCCGUCUGCAGCCGGUAAUCGAAAUCGAUCGAAUAAGAGAAAACUCUACACCGAAGGAUGGAUCGAGUUCGCCAACAAGAAGACGGCCAAGAUCUGCGCGGAGACAUUGAAUGCGACUAUUGUUGGUGGUUUGAAGUCAAGCUGGUAUCACGAUGAUGUCUGGAACAUAAAGUAUCUCUCACGGUUCACUUGGGAUGAUCUUAUGCAAUCCGUACAACGAGAGCGAUCUGAACGGGAAAGCAAGCAGAAGAUUGCUGAUGCUCGCGAAGCCAAGGAAGCUAAAUUAUUCAUUGAGGGUGUUGAGCGUGGUCGGAUUGCUGAUGGCAUGGCGAAAAAGAAUGAGGAGAAGAUGAAGAGGCGGUUGGAGGAGGCUGGUAAUGACGAUAAGGAACUGCCGCAGCCCAAGAAGGCUGCGCAGUCUACAAAAAGGCGGUUCCAUUUCCAGCAGAAUGAGGUUGUUAAGGGAUCGAAGGAUGGCGCUAUGGCCGAUGAGGCGAAGCGGGUGCUCGGGAAGAUCUUCUGA